AUGGUCCGUUUCGUGACCUCCCUUUUGGCCCUGUCGGCUACCGCCUGGGCUGCUUCUUCCUGCAGUGCCAGCAGCCAGUGCCCCAAGGACAAGCCUUGCUGCUCCCAAUAUGGUGAGUGUGGAACUGGCGCAUACUGUCUGGGCGGUUGUGACCCCCAGGCUUCCUUCUCUGUGGGCUCUUGCGCCCCCAUGCCCGUCUGUGAGAACAAGAGCUACAAGUGGGACGACCUCGACGACACCGUCCUGAACACCAAGUAUCUGGGUAACGCCUCCGCUGCCGACUGGACCUACAGCGGUUUCCCCAAGAUCGACGAUGGCAACCUGGUCAUCACCAUGCCCAAGAACAGUGUUGGAACCCUCUUCGCCAACAACCACUAUAUCUGGUACGGCAAGAUCUCCGGCAAGAUCAAGUCUAGCCGUGGAAAGGGUGUUGUCACUGCUUUCAUCCUACUUUCCGAUGUCAAGGACGAGAUCGACUACGAGUGGGUCGGUGCCGACCUGACUGCUGUCCAGACCAACUACUACUGGCAGGGCGUUCUGGACUGGCACAACAGCGGCAACGCCUCCGUUACCGGCGAAGACACCUACGACACCUGGCACACUUAUGAGAUCGACUGGCAGCCCGAGCAGACCCAGUGGAUCGUUGACGGCGAUGUCAAGCGCACCCUGAAGAAGUCCGACACCUGGAACGAGACCGCCAACCGCUACCAGUACCCCCAGACCCCCGCUCGCCUGCAGAUGUCUCUCUGGCCCGCUGGUCAAGCCAGCAAUGCCCAAGGUACCAUUGACUGGGCUGGUGGUGAAAUUGACUGGAACUCCGAGGACAUCAAGGACCAGGGUUACUACGCUGCUAGCAUCGCCGAGGUCGACGUUGUGUGCUACGAUCCUCCCUCCGAGGCCAAGAAGUCCGGCAACACCUCCUACAUCUAUACCAGCGACUCCGCCAUGGAGGCUGAUAUCGCUAUCACCGCCAACGACACCGUCCUGGGCUCCCUGGGUGCCACUGGUCUCGACAUGGACCUUGGUGCCAACAGCAGCAGCAGCGCCACCGCUACUGGCAGUGACAGCGUCCCUACCAACAACGGUGGUGGUUCUGGUGGUAUGUCCAGCAACAGCUCCACCAGCAGCAGCGGCGGCAGUGGCAGCGGUAGCGGUAGCUCAACCUCCAGCGGUAGCGGUUCUGCUGCCACCACCACUGGCUUCAGCCAGGGUGGCUCUGGCAACGGUGCUACUACUGUGAACGAGCGUGCCCUGAGUGGAUCGCUCUUCGCUGUCCUGGUCGCUGUUGUCGUUCUGGUGACGCUGUAA